GACCUUCUGGGAGACCUGCUUAAUCUGGACCUUGGUCCCCCCGUCAACGUGCCCCAGGGGUCUUCCAUGCAGAUAGGCGCUGUGGAUCUCCUCGGAGGUGGUCUUGACAGUUUGCUCGGGGGAGACCUGGGAGGAGGUGUUGGGGGCAGUCCUGCAGUGGGCCAAAACUUCAUCCCGUCAUCGGUACCCAACACCUUUGCGCCGUCUCCUACACCUGCUGCUCUCAGCAGCGGCCUCAAUGACCUGUUUGAGUUGUCCUCAGGAAUGUCCAUUGCUACAGGAGGAUAUGUGGCAUCUAAAACUGUGAGUAUUACUGGGCGUUAAACUGUAAACCGUAAC